CCCGCUCCGCCCGCCGGGCGCGGCUGCCGGGCCCGGCCCCGGGGCGGGGCGGCGGCGAGCGGAGCCACAGCCAGGUGACCUUGGCAGGCAGAGCCGGGCUGCGCCCGCCGCCGCCGCCGGGGAAGCUGGGUGGGGAGACGGCCGAGAUGGUGGAGGACGGCGGCGAGGAGGAGGCGGAGGGCGAGAGCGGGGAGAUGCCGGCGGCCGCGGCCCCGCUGCAGCGCUGCAAUGGCUUCCUGCCCGGCAAGGAGGAGGCGGCGGCGGGCGGCGGGGAGCGGGCGGCCCAGGCGAUGCUGGCGGCGGGCGGCGGGCGGCCGGAGACGCGGCUGUCGCGGCGGCGGCUGGCGGUGCUGGCUGUUUUCAGCUGCUACUCGCUGGUGAACGCCUUCCAGUGGAUCCAGUACAGCAUCCUCAGCAACGUCUUCGCCGGCUUCUACGGCGUCACGUUCCCGCAGAUCGACUGGCUGUCCAUGGUGUACAUGGUGGCCUACGUGCCGCUGAUCCUGCCCGCCACAUGGCUGCUGGACGCCCGCGGGCUGCGCCUCACGGCGCUGCUGGGCGCGGGGCUCAACGCGCUGGGCGCCUGGCUCAAGUGCGGCAGCCUGGCCCCCGGGCGCUACCCGCUCACGCUGGCCGCGCAGGCCGUCUGCGCCGUCGCCCAGGUCUUCAUCCUGGGGCUGCCCUCCCGCAUCGCCUCCGUCUGGUUCGGCCCCACCGAGGUGUCCACCGCCUGCGCCGUGGCCGUGCUGGGCAACCAGCUUGGUACUGCAAUUGGUUUUUUGUUGCCACCUGUUUUGGUCCCAAAUACACCGAACGAUAUUGAUCUCAUGGCACAUAACAUUGGCAUCAUGUUCUAUGGAACAGCAAUAGUGUCCACACUUCUGUUCUUCCUAACAGGAGUUGUGUUUGAAGAAAAGCCCAAAUACCCCCCCAGUCACUCUCAAGCAGUCCUGCAGACUAAACCUCCAGAGGAUUACUCCUACAAGCAGUCCAUUAUUAACCUGUUCAAAAAUAUCCCAUUUAUACUUUUGCUAAUCAGUUAUGGUAUUAUGACUGGGGCAUUUUAUUCUGUCUCCACGUUAUUGAACCAGAUGAUAGUAACUCACUAUGAGGGAGAAGAAGUGAACGCUGGGAGAAUUGGCUUGACACUGGUGGUGGCAGGAAUGGUGGGUUCGAUUAUUUGUGGUUUGUGGCUGGAUUACACUAAAACAUACAAGCAAACUACUUUGAUUGUUUACAUUCUCUCUUUCAUUGGGUUGCUGGUAUUUACCUUCACCCUAGACCUCGGAUACCUUAUAGUAGUGUUCGUGACUGGAGGAGUGCUUGGAUUCUUCAUGACUGGCUAUCUUCCACUUGGGUUUGAAUUUGCUGUGGAAAUUACAUAUCCAGAGUCUGAAGGCACUUCCUCGGGUCUCCUUAAUGCAUCAGCACAGAUAUUUGGAAUUGUCUUUACACUUGUUCAAGGAAAGCUUACAACAGACUACAGUCCUCGUGCAGGAAACAUCUUUCUUUGUGCUUGGAUUUUUGUGGGCAUUAUCUUAACAGGUACCAGUUGACAGUCCUGUAGAACCUGAACGCGCUGCAUUAAAAAGUCAGUCAGCUUUAUAAAGCUGGAGGAAGGUGACUUAGAAACGCACAAGUUUGGUUAGAUACAGAACAAUAUGAGCUAGUGUAAUCACUGGAUUUGUGUGUACGAGUAGUAAAAUGUGCUUGUUGAUAUUGGUGGUAGUUGUGUGUUGGAAGCUAUGAAGAUGCUCUGUUAUUUUGCCCAAGAUACAAACAAUUCACCUUAGUAUGGAAUAUUUAUUUUAACAUUUUCAAGUUUUGCAGUUUCAUUAGGAAAGAACGGUGUGAAUGCUGUCCACAGUAGGGAGAUGUGCAUUCAGGAUGCAUACUUGAAAAAAAUCAGGAAUCUUGAACUACUGUUGUCGUGAUCAGAAACAGUUAAUCUUCUUUUCUUGUUCAGUCUUGCUGGUGCAUUUGAAAAGUCAAAGAGGAGGGAGAUGCACAGCAGGAGGAUGCUCACAAGUUAAUUUUUUAUUUUAAAUGUAUCUGUAUUUGAAUACAAGCCAACAAUUCCUUCUGGGAAAGUGAUAGCACAAUACUGAAAACAAGAGAUGAUGUGUGUGUUUCAUACUGGCAUCUGACAUUUCUUUUGCCUUGAAACGUCUUUAUAGGCGUCAGAAGGCAGACAAGAGAGAACACUGUUCUUGCUAUAGCUUCAUUGUAGCAUUUCUGGGGAGAUUUAAAAAGUUUCUUGAUAGAUAAACUGGAGAAAAAACAUUUCUUAUUAAAUACAUUAACAAGGAGGACAAAGGCCUUUGAUAUCUCUGGUGUGAAAUAUUUAUAAGCAGUGGAACACUACCACACAAAUUUCCUCUAUGGAAUAUUUUGAGUGCUUUCUCAGUUAAAGAGAGCAGAGUAUGUGUUUACAAAGAGCCAGUGCCUUUACUUUGUAAAGAAGAUCCCUGCCUCAUCUUGAGUUUAAUCAGUGCUGCUGAAGAAGUUCCAUUUUGUGUGUUAAACCUCUGAAUAUUUGUGGAGUAUCAGAAAAUGUGUUCUGUCCUUUUUAUGAAUUGUAUCACUUGUCGCAUGUGAAAUUCCUGUGCUUGUGUAACUUCAAUCAUGUCUUUUGCAGUUUGUUAAAAGCUGUAAGGAUGACUGAAAGGAAAAUAGUGAUAGUUUCCCUUUCUCUGAUCAAAUAUUUUCUUUAUACCAUCUUAGCUGCAAAAUGACCAGACUUUAUUAACAGUGACUUUUUGUUACCUCAUUUAUUUGUAUUUGGGAUGGAGGUUUCUCACUGCAGUGCUUUUGAAAAUUUUCUCCUUUACCUUGUGCUCUAUCUACACACCCACAGAACUGGCAGCACUACAGUAAUACUGUUGCUGGGAAAGUCAGACCUGGAUCAGUGGACUGUUUACAAACAUUUAAUUUUUAGCUCAGCAAACUGAGCAUGCAGGUUCAGUGCCAUCAAUGAUGCUGUGUCUUUGAGUUCCCACAGAUGCAAUGCCAUCCAGAAGGUGGAAUGCCACUCGAAGUUUUCCCCAGAUUGUUACAGCUUGGGAGGGGGAAUUAUUUAACUCUGUGCUGGUUUCAGCUGGGCUAGUUAAUUUUCUUCACAGUGGCUGGCAUGGGGCUGUGUUUUGGAUUUGUGCUGAACAUGGGGUUGAUAAUACUGAGAUGUUUUUGUCAUUGCUGAGCAGGGCUUACAAAGAGCCAAGGCCUUUCCUGCUUUUCAUAUCUCAGAAAAGGUGAGGAGGCUGGGAGGAGACACAGCCAGGACAGGGGACCCCACUGACCAGAGGCAUAUUCCAGACCAUGUUCAGGGUAUACAGUGGGGGCAGAAGGAGGAAGGGAGGGAUAUUUGGAGCAAUGGUGUUUUCUUCCCAAGUAGCCAUUGCACUUGAUGGGGAUGGCUGAGCACCUGCCUUCUCAUGGGAAGCAUUGAAUUAAUUCCUUGUUUUUCUUUGCUUGUGUGUGUAUGGCUUCUGCUUUCCCUAUUAAGCUUUUAUCUGAGAUAAAGACAUGAGUUUUCCAACUUUGACCCUUCUGAUUCCAUCCUCAAUCCCAUUGGUAGGGAAGGGAGCAAGCAAGCAGCUGCCUGGGGCUUGGUGGAUGGCUGAGGUAAAGAACAACAAACUCCAAGAUAGUCUCUAGGUACAAUAAAUAUCAUUAAAAGCUUUUUUUUGGUCUUGUUUUGCUGUAGACUCAGGAAAAUCCUUUUGUAUAAAAAGGGCCCUGAAACCUUAUCUUUCUAAGCUUAGCCUCUAACUGCUAUGAUCUUGAUUUAAACAUUUUGUAUGAUUAAUGCUUUAGGCAGGGGAAGAACUGUCAGAAUAAACUAAGCAGGCUUGGAACACUUGCCUUGCCAAAGAGGGUUCAUGUCUUUUGCCAGGUCCAGUGCUAGGGAGAAAAUAAAUGGCCAGGCCUUGCUGCUUCUGGAGAGGUGAGCUCUCAAAGAGUCCACGGCUGAAGUAGCUGAGUAUAGGGAAAGUAACUCCUGGCUAUUUAAAUGGCAGGCAAGGGUAUAGGAGUGAAAGUAGAGAUGCUUUCAUUAUGCCAGUCCUUGACAUGGAAGCUGUCCCCUCAAGGGAUGGACACAUUUUCAGUCUUAGUGAGAAAAGUGAAAGUUUCUGCCUUGUGACAUGUGUGGGUGGCUUUUCCCCUUUGAAAAGUGAUAAUAACGUGCUGAAAUAUAUAUAUUUCAGCAAGAUAUAGAAAAUAUUUAUGUUCAUGCCCCAUGGUUGCUUUGACUUCUGGUGUUGCAAAAUCUUAACAAGAUAAAAUUUUGUAGUUUGGGGGAAUUGUUUUUGAAUGUCCAGUAGAAAGUCUUUGUCAGUGUUCAGGGUAUUUGCUGACCUGUUCAGUACACACUGUUCAAAAUUAAAGAUUGAGUAUUUUUCUUUCUUUCUUAAAAUUUAUUUUUCAGUCCCUUUCUUCACUACUAGUUUCCAGUUUCUUUAGUUAUGUUCAGCUGAUUAUUGAAAAAAUAUGGCUCCUUGUGUUUUUUAUCUUCUGCCAAAUUUCUUGGCUACCUUCUGAAAAGGUUGAAACAAGAUUUUGGCUUGUUGGAAACCCUGCUGGGUCCCUGAAAAGAAAAUAUUCCUAAUAAUGAAGGCUUAAUUAUAUCCUGGAUUUAAUAUUCCCAUUCUAAAAGGAGCUUGAAAGUUGGAAACCUGCAAGCUAUUUUCAGGCAAUGAUAAAGUAUUUAAAUGAAAGGCUCAGCAGAAGAAUAAUGAGCAAAUAAAGAACAAAUCAGUAUUUUUUAUGUGAUAGCCUUAUCAUCUGUCAAGAAACUGAGGUUCUAGCUCAUGGCAGAAAUAAAUUUGGAGUAGUUGAAGCUUUGUGGUUUUUGCUUUUAACUUUUGGGUUUUAGCAGACAGCAUCCACUCAGUCAAACAUAGAAUCAUAGACUGUUAAGAGGUUGGAAGGGACCUUAAAGACCAUCUGGUCCCAACCCACCUACCAUGUGCAGGGACAUCUCCCACUAGACCAGGUUGCUCGAGGCUCUAUCCAGCCUGGCCCUGAGCACUUACAGGGAUGGGGUAUCCACAGCCUGCCUGGGCAACCUGCUCCAGUGUCUUACCAUCCUCACAGUGAAAAAUUUAUUCCUGAUAUCUAAAUUAAAUUUCCUCUCUUUUGGUUUGUGCCCAUUUUGUACCCUCUUGUCCUGUCACUACAAUUCCUGAGAAAGAGUCCCUCCCGCUUCCCUGUAGUCCCUCUUCAGAUAAUGGAAGGUUCCUCUUCAGAUACUGGUGAGUUCUCCAUGCAACCUUCUUAGCCUGGAAAUCCCACAUGCAUCUGGAACUGGAAAUAGGGUUUCUGACUCUUAGCCUUGAGAUCCUGGCUCAGCCCCCCAGCAAGAGUACAGCUGGGGGCUAAAAACCCUAACUUCUUUAAAAAAGUAUUUGUAUCAUGAAUGGGACUGCACAUCAAUUAGGGAGCAGAUGCUGCAAGAAACCAAAUGAAGAGAGGCAUCCCAAUCCCAUGCAUCAGCUUUUGCUUUUCAAGUUGCUUUUUUUCCAAGUGCUUCAGGUGAGCUCUUGAGGAUGCAAGAGAACACACAAAAGUGGGUAGCAAAAACAAGGGGACUGCCCCUAAGCUCCCAGGAGCUCAGCAGGUUGUGCAAUUGAUAACUUUCAGCUACAAAAUUCAGAGAUUAGCCUAAAAAUUAGUUCUUAUCUUUGUGUUUCUUCCCAGCCACAUUAGACUUCUGGUAAUUUCAGUGGAAGAGACUCAGAGAAUAUUGACACAUUUUUAUUUAGGAUUCUUACCAUGGCCUUAAACCCCUCUUUUCUAGUGGCUGGGUGUAAAAACUCAGACCUGUAGGGCAUAGUCUGGAAUUGCUGGUAGGUAAGUCCCUCAGAACAAGUAUUUUUAGAUGGGUUGUUAGUAUGUUGUUAGUAACAUCUCUUUCUGUUGCUAAAUUCCAAUGUUUUACAAGGAAGAAAGUACAAGGGGAGAAGUAGCAAGAAUACAUGUGAAUCAUUUCAUAUGAUUAAUAGGACUUUUCUAACUUCAGCCUCUUGGUCAUCUCUUUUGUUCAAGGCAAUCUGUUGUUUCAGAGACAAUCAGUGGAGCGUGUAAUUAGAGCUGCCAGCCCAGGUUGCCUAAUGAAAAAAUGUUUUUCUGAGAAAUAUUUGGACUACCUUGUGCAUGUACAACCAAGUGAAAUUGGGUUGAGCUGUAAACAUUUAUCGUUUUCCAUUUUGUGAACUCACUAGUUUUCCUGUGUGAAUGGGAGUGUGUGACCUUUACAGUUGUCUUUCAGCACAUGUAUGUACCUCCUUCUCAAGUGUUACAGGCUAUUAAUGUUUAAUGGAGCACAAGCUGUCAUUGUACACAAUAAUAUGUGAUUGCCCCAGCCCUACCAUUCGGUCUGAAGUCUGUGAAGAGCGAGAAGUGACAUUAAUGCAGGAACUAGAAUGAAUUAAGCAAAAAAAAAUCCUAAGAGAAAUGUAUUUCUGUGUAAGACCCCUGUUGUUUACUGCUCAUGUCAUUGUUCUACUCAAUUGAAAAUAACAAAUAUUUUUUGCUGUAAUAUUUUGGUUUUGUUAGUGUCCAGUUCUUUAUUUCAAGAGAAAAUUAAAAGUUCUUAAUGAAUAUCCUCUGAUUGCAAUACUGUAUGUAUGUGUAUAUGUGGAUGGCAUCAUUCCUUACCAUUAUAUGUUACUAAUAAAGUGUAUAAUGCCUAAAUUGA